AUGUGCUGCCAUAGUCGCAUAAUAUACGCAACAUGCGGCCACAGCACGUUUGGUCCACGUCCUCUCAUUGAGUGUCGUGAUGCAUCUUUCGAUCCUUCGGCGCCUUGGUCCACAGGCUGCGAGAUUGUUGCUCAUCCGUAUAAGACCCUGCGACUGGACAAGCUGUGCCCGCAGUGUACCGCGACCCGCGAUAAAUUACUCAAGGAGGUCGAGGAGAAGCAGGGUGUCAAGUUCGACGAAUGGCAAUGGAAGGUGUCGUACUCGAUGCCAAGCGGCGGGAAAGAUUACUGGACGAAGAAGACUGAAGAGAAGAUGGAGCCUCCCGAGACGCCCAAGACGCCCAAAACUCCUAGAAGUCUGAAGACGCGUACGACGCAUUCGUUGUCGAGAUUCAGUUGGAGAAAGAGCAAGAGGAAGAGUGUGAAGAUGGCGGACGUGCCUGAGUGA